GUGAAAUCUUGUUGAAACGUUGCAGUACAAUAAACCUAGUGAUUGUAUCCACAAUAAAUGUUCUAGUAUUAUAAAUAUUAACUAAUACAGUACAAGAUCCCGAGUACGAGGUUAAUCAAGAAUAGUGGUUACUUAUUUUAUACACAAACAUCUGACCAACUACGGCAUUAUGUUCCCAGAUAGUAAACUGUUACACAAAACACGUGCUUUUCUACUGGGAUCUGGACUACUCAUAUGUUUACCAUUUCUUCACAUAGGUUUUGUUCAUAAAAUGAUUUGGGUACCAUAUAAGACACCUGUUAAUAGAGAUAGCUGCACAUGUUCCUGUUUUGAUACGGUGAUGAGAGGAAGCUAUGAAAAACCAGGAAACUCAAGUUACAAACAUUUAUAUUUCAAUGCUACAAAGGAGACGUUCAAAAUAUGGAUCCUCACAGUGCUCUUCGUGUUAAUGACGUACGAAAGUAUAAAAUACUUAUAUAAACUAUUUAGAAAGGGAGAUGUAAGAAUGACGAUGUUUGUAUUAUACCUGGCCAAUAUUUAUCCAAAUUAUUACAGCUGGUGGGAUUUUCUGAAUUAUUAUAACGAAAGUUUUUAUCUAUAUUUUUACAACGAUUUCUAUUUUAUGUUGACGGAAAUCCUCGUCACGGUUCUGGUAUUGAAUCUGUGUGACACAAAGAAUCAAAUAGCUUCGUGGAAAAUUCUAUUAAUUAUUACUAUUAAUAGUAUGCACAUAGUCGUUAGCUGUUCAAAUCAGUUUAUUGAGCAAGUCAUUCUUAAAACUGGGAAGAGUUUCCAGAAUGCCAGGAAUAUUGGUCUGACUAUACCAGAUGUACUACACGUGGUUUUGUGUAUAUAUAUACUUUAUAACUACGCUAAACUGAAUAGAGUUAGCUUUAAGACGAUGUUUACUGGAAGAGAACUUAUUUUAUGUGGUGUAUAUGUGAUAGGUACAAUAGUUAUGUACUGCCUUUAACAGGCUUUGUAUAUUUUUUUUCAUAAUAAUGGAAAAUAUGGUUUCCACUGAGAUGGAAGAUAUCCAUGACAUAGUAACUUUUCUACAUUUUUAUUCUCAUGCUCAUGUAUUGUGUCUUUAUGUAAAAUAAAUAAACA